AGGUACUGGGCUGUCGCUUCCGGUCCGGUUAAACGCGGCUUAGGUACACAACGUGGCUGGUGUCGUGCGGAGAUCGGCUUCUGAACGUAAAUCAGCAGGUGAAGAAUCAAGAAUCAGCAUCCGGACUCAGGAGUCUGGAUACCAGUGAAAAGACGGAAAAAAAAGAAAAGGAACCUGAAUACGAUCUAUCCGCUGUUUCCGAGGGGCCAACUUCCACAGUGAACCCCUCUGCCCUGGUAACGGCCAAAGAGGAGGAGAUGGCGCCAGUCAGGGAGCGGCUGUGGCCAAGACAGUAAGGAAGCGCGAAGGCGGAGCAACCGGGAAGCCUCCUGAGAAGAAUCCGAACUGUCGCUGUCACCACUGCCGCCACCACCAUGGAAGGAGCAAAACCGACAUUGCAGCUUGUGUACCAGGCAGUGCAGGCGCUUUACCACGACCCGGAUCCCAGCGGAAAGGAGCGCGCCUCGUUUUGGCUUGGGGAGCUGCAGCGUUCGCCUCUUUGAAAUGUGCUGCUAGUGGGAGCUGCAGCUUCCUCCUGCUGACUCGGAGCCCCAGGCUUCGGUUGAGAUGGUCCUUUCAGAAAUGUGGAGCUUAGUCCAAGCCUGGAUUUCAGUGGGUAGCACCUGGCAUCUGUGGCUAGAAAGUCCUAUGAAGUGUUCAUGCCUGGGAGAUUUCUGAUCAGUUGUUACAGAUCCGACAGGAUGUGGAAUCAUGCUAUUUUGCUGCACAGACCAUGAAGAUGAAGAUUCAGACCUCAUUUUAUGAGCUCCCUACAGACUCUCAUGCCUCCUUAAGGGACUCAUUGCUAACCCAUAUCCAGAACUUGAAAGAUUUAUCACCUGUCAUUGUAACGCAGCUGGCUUUAGCAAUAGCAGAUCUCGCUCUACAGAUGCCUUCUUGGAAGGGUUGUGUACAAACAUUGGUGGAAAAAUAUAGCAAUGAUGUAACUUCUCUACCAUUUUUGCUGGAGAUUCUUACGGUGUUACCUGAAGAAGUACAUAGUCGUUCUUUACGAAUUGGAGCUAACAGACGCACAGAAAUUAUAGAAGAUUUGGCCUUCUACUCCAGUACAGUAGUAUCUCUGUUGAUGACUUGUGUAGAAAAAGCAGGAACAGAUGAAAAAAUGCUUAUGAAGGUCUUUCGCUGUUUGGGAAGUUGGUUUAACUUGGGAGUUUUGGACAGUAACUUCAUGGCUAACAAUAAGUUACUAGCCCUUCUUUUUGAGGUUUUGCAACAGGAUAAGACCUCAUCCAACCUACAUGAAGCUGCUUCAGACUGUGUGUGCUCAGCUCUUUAUGCCAUUGAGAAUGUGGAAACUAACUUGCCAUUAGCAAUGCAACUUUUUCAGGGAGUCCUGACAUUGGAGACUGCCUAUCAUAUGGCUGUGGCACGUGAAGAUUUAGACAAAGUUCUGAAUUACUGCCGUAUUUUCACUGAACUAUGUGAAACUUUUCUUGAAAAAAUUGUUUGUACUCCAGGCCAAGGUCUUGGAGACCUUCGAACUCUGGAAUUGCUUCUUAUUUGUGCAGGGCAUCCUCAGUAUGAGGUAGUAGAAAUUUCCUUUAACUUUUGGUACCGACUAGGGGAGCAUUUGUACAAAACUAACGAUGAAGUUAUUCAUGGCAUCUUCAAAGCUUACAUUCAGAGGCUGCUUCAUGCCUUAGCUCGACACUGCCAGUUAGAACCGGACCAUGAGGGGGUUCCUGAGGAAACUGAUGACUUUGGAGAGUUUCGGAUGCGGGUAUCAGACCUGGUGAAAGAUUUGAUUUUCUUGAUUGGGUCUAUGGAGUGUUUUGCUCAGUUAUAUUCUACUCUGAAAGAAGGCAACCCACCCUGGGAGGUGACAGAAGCGGUUCUCUUUAUCAUGGCUGCUAUAGCAAAGAGUGUUGAUCCGGAGAACAAUCCAACAUUGGUGGAGGUCCUAGAAGGAGUUGUUCGUCUCCCAGAGACUGUCCAUACAGCCGUGCGGUACACCAGCAUUGAGUUGGUUGGAGAAAUGAGUGAAGUGGUUGAUCGAAAUCCUCAGUUCCUUGACCCUGUGUUGGGCUAUUUGAUGAAAGGCCUGUGUGAAAAGCCUCUGGCUUCUGCUGCAGCCAAAGCCAUUCAUAAUAUUUGCUCUGUCUGUCGAGAUCACAUGGCUCAGCACUUUAAUGGACUCCUGGAGAUUGCUCGUUCUCUUGACUCCUUCAUGUUUUCUCCGGAAGCUGCAGUGGGCUUGCUAAAAGGGACAGCUCUUGUCCUUGCCAGAUUACCGUUGGAUAAGAUUACUGAAUGUCUUAGUGAACUAUGUUCUGUUCAGGUUAUGGCAUUGAAAAAGCUGUUGUCUCAGGAGCCCAGCAAUGGCAUAUCCUCAGAUCCCACUGUGUUCUUAGAUCGCCUGGCAGUGAUAUUUAGACAUACCAAUCCCAUUGUGGAAAAUGGACAGACUCAUCCAUGCCAAAAAGUCAUACAGGAAAUAUGGCCAGUUUUAUCCGAGACUCUAAAUAAACACCGGGCUGAUAAUCGGAUUGUAGAGCGUUGUUGCAGGUGCCUUCGCUUUGCUGUUCGCUGUGUAGGCAAAGGUUCUGCAGCCCUGCUGCAACCACUAGUCACACAGAUGGUGAAUGUAUACCAUGUACAUCAGCAUUCCUGUUUCCUGUACCUUGGCAGUAUCCUUGUUGAUGAGUAUGGCAUGGAAGAAGGCUGUCGGCAGGGACUUCUAGACAUGCUCCAGGCACUGUGCAUCCCCACCUUUCAACUCCUGGAACAGCAGAAUGGUCUCCAGAACCACCCUGACACUGUAGAUGACCUGUUCAGGCUAGCUACCAGGUUUAUUCAGCGUAGCCCUGUCACCUUACUGAGGAGCCAAGUAGUCAUCCCAAUCUUACAGUGGGCCAUUGCCUCUACUACCCUGGAUCACCGGGAUGCCAAUUGUAGUGUCAUGAGGUUCCUACGAGACCUCAUCCAUACAGGGGUAGCCAAUGAUCAUGAAGAAGACUUUGAAUUACGAAAAGAACUAAUUGGACAGGUGAUGAACCAGCUUGGACAGCAGCUUGUAAGCCAGCUGCUCCAUACAUGUUGCUUUUGUCUACCCCCCUAUACUUUACCAGACGUGGCUGAAGUGCUCUGGGAGAUCAUGCAGGUUGACAGACCGACCUUUUGUCGAUGGUUAGAGAAUUCUUUGAAAGGUUUGCCAAAGGAGACAACUGUGGGAGCUGUUACAGUGACACACAAACAACUUACAGACUUCCACAAGCAAGUCACUAGUGCUGAGGAAUGUAAGCAAGUUUGCUGGGCCUUGCGAGACUUCACCAGAUUGUUUCGAUAGCUCACACUCCUGCACUGUGCCUGUCACCCAGGAAUGUCUUUUUUAAUUAGAAGACAGGAAGAAAACAAAACCCAGACUGUGUCCCACAAUCAGAAACCUCCGACGCGGCAGAGGGGCCUUCACUGCCCCCAGGGUGUCCAACCCAGACAGGGAGAGACUCCAGCCUUCCCAGGCGUCCUGAGGAGUUCCUGUUUGGGGGUGUGAGGGAAAAUCAGUGCGGUUUAAAAAAGAUGGCUGCAGCCUGUCCGGCGUGAUGGGAGGGGAGCUGGUUUCCUGGUGAACUUGUUUCUAAAAGGAAAAACAAUUUCAAGGAAAUAAAAAAGGAAAAAAAAAGGAAAGCUAAGCUGAAACCAGUACUGAAACAUUCGCCUGAUAAGCAAAUGGUAUACACAGAUACAACACGCUAAGUACAGUACACGUGGAAAAACAAAAGUGAGGACUUGAUGUGAAACAAAAAUAUUCACUUAGGGAAAAUGUGGGAAAUCAAAUGAAUUUUAAAUAGCUACAGUUGGAAGUAAAGGGUCAGGGUCAUCUCUGAGAAUUUUCUAUUGUUUCACCUUCUUUCCCUCUCCUACUCCCCCUCCACUUCCCAACUUUAACACAAGUGAAUUGAAAUAUUCCUCCCCCAACUGUUCUUCCUGCCUUGAGUUGUUAUGACAAGAAGCCUAUUCUUCUAUAUGUCAUAGUCAUGUCGGUGAUACUCAGGACCAGCCAGGGUCAAAAUCCAUAUUUAAUUAUAACCCAACCCUGACCCUAUUCAAUCUCUGAAUCCCCUACCAAUCCCCAUGAGGUUGUCGGUCAGCCUUUGAGGGGGAAGAGCCACAUUGAGGUAUUGAAGUGGGGGGGGAUAGGAUAUAAAUGUGUAUUUUGUUUAGUUUUUCUUUCUUUCUUUUUUUUUUUCUUAGCAAACUAUUCACCCACAGACAUGAGGAAAAAAAUUAGGGUGUGAGAAGCAAAAGUGUUUACAGGGCUAAUUGUAUUUUACUAAAAAGUGUGGAAACUAACUGACUUCUUGUGGGGAUAAGGGCCAAAGCGGGGAGCCCAAAUGGAUCUUAAUGUUUAAAAGGAGUGUAGCCCUGCACAGCCAUUAGAUUUGAGGGCACUGUUCUGUCUGGUGUUGUAGCCAUCUCAAGAACAAAUCAACAGCAACAAAACAACUGCAAAAAAAAAAAAAAAAA